CUGUGCGUCUGCUUCAGAGGCCACGCCAGCACGCAGGCAUGACCCUGCUCAGUACCUUCGAAGUCUUAAUCCCCUGCCAGGAUCUCCUCUUCAUCUUGCAGUUUGUCUUUGGGGCCCUCGUGUGGUCACUGAUUGCCUCGUCCCUGGUGCCAUUCCCCCAGACCCAGGCCUGGGUGAUGUUCGUUUCUGUGUCCUGCUUCAUAGGAACCACUGUUCUGCUCUUCCUGUACAUGUGUGGCGCCAACUGUAAGAGGGUCCUGGAUGCAGCCUACCAUUGUACAGCUGCCCUGUUUUACUUCAGUGCUUCUGUCCUGGAAACUUGGGCCACCUUCUCCAUGGACGAUGGUUUCUCGUACGAACAUUACCUUGAAAACAUCUUUGCUACGGUGUUUUCAUAUGUAGCCACUCUGCUCUACAUGGUCCAUGCGGUGUUAUCUUUAGUAAUAUGGAAGAAAUCAGCAGAAGAAACUCAGUGGAAAACCCUUAUGGUGAUAAGUCUCCGGCCGCCUUACAGCUUAACUGGUAGAACGGAAAAUGUCCUUGAUCGUGGAAAAAAGUAACCAAAAGAAGAGCAACGUUGUCUGUCUUGAGGGUGUUGUGCUGACUCUCCCAUGUCCCUCCUGUCAGGAUUGGGACCUGCUGCAUUUAACCUCCUACUACUGAGCCGUCUUUCAGGGUCAUCUCAUGUUUGUGGAAGGGGGCGGUGGGGUGGAGUGUGGAGUCUGUGAUCUGAGAGACCAUGGAACAAAGAUCCCUGCUGAGCCCUGGACCGGAUCUUGAGAACUCUCUGCUGGAAUCUUCCACAGGCUCUUUUGAGCCCCCAUCAUGUGGCGUGUUUCUAAGUCUUCAUGGAGAUUCUACCUGUCAUAGGGAUAAAACUCACCCAACAAGUACUUGCAGAUGUCCACGGGGGAAGAUGAUAAAGCUUUGAAAUACUUUAUAAAGUGCCUUUAUGUUCAAUACUUUU